UUGCUCUACAAUCAUCAUCUCUAACACAUUCUCUCCAAAUAUCUCUGAAUCUCUGAUAUUUUCCAUUUUUCCUACUUGAUCUCUCGUCCAUGGCUGCCGUUGUUAAGCUUCAGUUAUCGCCUUCAAUUCAUUCUCAUCAAACAAGCCAACCUCCGCCUCUUAGACCGGAUUUUCGGAGGACCGGUCGAAGAUUGUUUGUACAGACGUGUAGAUCGUUCAAGCGCGACGAACGAGGAGAUUACGAUGAGAAAGAGGAAGGAAUCUCGAAAAGGUUCGUGAAAUUGAAGGAAACUAGCUCAGAUGUAGGGUUAAUGAAAGCUGUAAAGUCUUUGAAAAAUGCCGUUUCUAGUAAUUGGUCACGAUCUCCGAUGGAGAUUCAGAAGCUUGAAGAGAGUUUAUCCUCUAUUGCUAUACAAAUUGGAAGAUAUAUUGUAACAAUGUUAAGCACAGGAGCAAUCCUCUUGAUCGGAUUUCAAUUAUCAGGUGGAGAUAGUCAGAUGAAUGAUAUUGUAUGGUAUAGUUGGCUUGGAGGUAUAAUCAUCGGUACAAUGAUUGGAUCUAACAUGGUCUUAGAUGAAGUCAGUCGAGCUGGACCACGAAAUGUUGUUAUAACUGGAAGUACACGAGGAUUAGGGAAAGCUCUUGCUAGAGAAUUUCUUCUAUCAGGAGAUCGCGUUGUUAUUGCUUCACGAAGCAUUGCAUCUGUGGACAUGACUAUUAAAGAACUUGAAGAGAAUCUGAAAGAAGCUAUAAUCACGACAGGCGCAUCAUCGAGUACAAACUUAGACAAUGCUAAAGUAGUUGGCAUCGAAUGUGAUGUCUGUAAUGCGAAUGACGUGAAGAAACUGGCGGAAUUUUCAGUUAGUCAAUUUGGUUCUAUCGAUAUUUGGAUAAACAAUGCCGGGACAAACAAAGGUUUUAGACCUUUACUGCAGUUCAGUGAUGAAGAUAUUCAACAGAUUGUUUCAACAAACUUGAUUGGAUCAAUUCUUUGCACACGUGAAGCAAUGCAUAUAAUGAGCAAGCAGAAUAAAGGAGGACAUAUAUUUAACAUGGAUGGUGCAGGUUCUGGCGGAUCCAGCACUCCUUUAACGGCUGUAUAUGGCUCGACAAAGUGUGGAUUAAGACAGCUUCAUUCGUCCCUCUUGAAAGAAAGUAGAAAAAUGAAAGUAGGCAUGCACACAGCCUCACCCGGCAUGGUCCUAACCGAUUUGCUCUUAAGUGGAUCAACUGUUAAGAACAAACAGAUGUUCAACAUAAUAUGUGAACUUCCGGAAACAGUGGCAAGAACUUUAGUUCCAAGAAUGCGGGUUGUUAAGGGAAGUGGGAAAGCAAUCAAUUAUUUGACGCCUCCAAGAAUCUUAAUCGCUUUGGUUACGGCUUGGGUGAGAAGAGCUCGUUGGUUCGACGAUCAGGGAAGAGCUUUAUACGCAGCAGAGGCGGAUAGACUUCGUAACUGGGCUGAAAGUCGAACCAGAUUCUCAUUUACGGAUGCAAUGGAAAUGUAUACGGAAAACACAUGGGUUUCGGUUUUCUCGUUAUCGGUUGUUUGCGCAUUUAUAAUUCUUUCGAGCACCUUGGAGCACCGAUAGUACAUUUACGCGAGGGACCUGAUGAAGAAAGGUUUUAGAAAGCAAGUGAUUUUCUGUUUCUCCAAAAGUUGUUGAUAUGUUUUUAGUAUUGGAAGAAGAUUGCUUAGAGAAUUGUAUUAGAUGUUAAACUUCAUUGCUACCAUUGAUAGCAAUUGUAUCUAGCUAGUAUCAUUUAUCAUUUAUUUUAUAUUUUCUCAACAUCCUUGUUAU